AUUUCUUCGUCAUUGAAAGCCCUUCUUCUCUUUUUCUUAAUGGGAAUUCUAUAUAAGCGCCGGCAUGUAUACCUUUCCAUGGCUUUCUUGCUUAGCAUGCGGGGGAAUUCGCUUGUACUUUGAGUUGUGGGCUGCAGCGCUUGGGUUUUAAUGCUUUUGUAAGAAGAGAGAGAGAGAGAGAGAGAGAGAGAGAGAGAGUAGUACACUGCCAAAGCACUUUUUCUUUCUCUAUUUUUUUUUUUUUUUCUACUUAUCUUUAUUUCUAUCUUUCUUGUUUUAUGUAAUGGGGUCUGAAUCAACAGGAGUUUCUUGUUGUAGUUUAAUGGGUAUUUUUUUGUUUUAUUUUGGGAGGAGGAUAGUUUUUCUUUUAUUUUUUCUUUUUAAUUGAAUGGGGGAGAAAAUGGAACAGGAAGUAGGUGAGAAGAGAAAGUCUCUCACUAUAAGAAGGGCUUCUGAUGUCUGCCUCGAGAGGUCUCAGUCCUAGCGACAAUCUGUAGAGUUCUCUCUUUCUUUUUCUCAGCUACCCUUUUGCUCCUUUCCUUCCAUUACCAUCAUCAUCUCAUCAUCAAAGAAAACAUCCAUCAUGGCCUCUUCCAACAGACACUGGCCUAGUAUGUUCAAGUCCAAGCCUUGCAAUACUCACCACCAAUGGCAGCAUGAAAUCAACUCAUCCCUCAUGUCCAAUGCAUGCCAGAAGACCUCAUACACGUCAGCACAAGGCUGCGAAGAAAGGAGCCCCGAGCCAAAGCCCCGAUGGAACCCGAAACCGGAGCAGAUCCGGAUCCUUGAAGCGAUCUUCAACUCCGGUAUGGUGAACCCUCCCCGCGAAGAGAUAAGGAAGAUCAGAGCCCAAUUGCAAGAAUACGGGCAAGUCGGCGACGCCAACGUCUUCUACUGGUUUCAGAACCGCAAGUCCCGCAGCAAACACAAGCAACGCCACCUCCAUACCGCUAAAACCCAACCCCAAACUACCGCUGCACCUGCAGCUACUGUGGGCCCCACCAUCACUUCUUCCUCCACCUCUUCGGAGAAAUCAUCAACGACGACCGCUGAGAAGUCGCUGCCAUUGGGAGGUGGAGGAGGUCCGAGCUUCGUCGAUGUCGUGAAUUCACCGACACUGUCUGUGAAUCAAACGUAUUUCCAUGCUCAUGGGGAUUUCGCGCCAGAGCCGUUCUUGUUCCAUGUGCAGGCGGGAGGCGGGUCGCUCCCCCACGGGUGUUGCUUCUCUGAGCUGUCGAAUAUCAUCCAGAUGCCAGAGCAGAGUAUCGGACCAUGCUCGGCUCUUCUAAGCGAGCUGAUGAAUCAAGAUCCUUCAAAGAAAGAAGAGAAGAUGAAGAUGGAGCAGCAGCACCACCAACACCAGAGCUUUGUUAGUGCAACUACUACUACUAUCACCGAAAUACAAGGUGCUGGCGAAUCGGGUACUGUUGCUCCGUCUGGUGCGGCGCGAUCGACGGUCUUCAUCAAUGACGUGGCAUUCGAGGUAGGUGUGGGGCCCCUUAACGUGCGCGAGGCGUUCGGAGAAGACGCUGUCCUCCUUCACUCCUCUGGCCAGCCCGUUCUCACUAACGAGUGGGGCGUCACCCUCCACGCCCUCCAGCAUGGUGCUUUCUAUUACCUGGUAUAGGAGAGAGAAGAUGGAGCCGCGCUGAUUACUUUGGGUCCAGUCCUUUCCUAGUUCAUCCUUGUUAUGUUGAUUUUAGUACUUUUUUUUAAUUAUAUAAAUCAAUAGACUAAUGUAGUUUGAUUCCCUUAAGACUAUAUCUAUUUUGGUAUUAGGCCUUUUAAUAUGUCUGUUGGUUUCUAUA